AUGUUUCCCUGUCUUUACUGUGGACACCUUUGCAAAACAGAAGCAGGUCGUCGCAGUCACGUAAAACAAACGUUAUGCAACUACAAACCUGGCUUGGUACCCUUAUCAAAUUUAGCAGCAACCAUUCCUUCUACCCCUUCUAGCCGUCCUUCUACCCCUUCUACCCCUUCAACCCCUGACAUGCCAUCCUCGGAUCCUGAUUAUUACAACGAGGAGAUGUUCAUGGAUAUUGAUCCUAUGGGAGCAGCUUCCUCAGAACCUUGUACUGUCAGAUUUCCUAAUGCUGGACAACGCGUCGGCCAAGGAGUGACUUACUUGGAUGAGUUCAAUGACGAUCGUUUUGCUGAGGAAAGGAAAACCAAUCUCUAUUAUCCUUUUGCCUCUAGGCCAGAGUGGGAGACUGCUAGCUUUCUUCUCAACUCUUCACUCUCCAUGAGAGAAAUUGACAGUUAUCUUCAACUCGAUCUCACUAAAAGGAAUAAUUUAUCAUUCAGAACGGCACAAAGGCUACAUGAACUUACAGAUCUUCUUCCUCCGGUCCCGAGUUGGAAGUCAAAAACGAUCAAGACUUUACCCCUUUACCCCUCUCGAGCUCCCAUAGUUCUCUACUAUAGAGAUGCUAUAGAUGUUCUACAAGAUCUCAUGAAGAGCCCUCUUGUAUACGACUCUCUCAACUUCAGUCCUUUGCAAAUAUUUGAAGAUUCUAGAAAACUUGUCCGAAUAUACGACUCCUGGCUAUCUGGAACUAGAGCUUGGCAGAUGCAGGGUCAACUUCCUGAAGGAGCGACUUUGUUAGGUACAAUCUUGUCUUCCGACAAAACUACUGUUUCUGUCAUCACAGGAAAUCGAAUUGCCCAUCCUCUCUUAAUCUCCUUGGCGAAUAUAGACUCUGAUCUAUUGUCGAAAGCUUCCUUAUAUUUGUUCAAUUUGCUUGCUCUUCUCCCAGUCCCUAAAUAUAUUGAGCGAAAAACCUCUAUACGGGGAAUGCUUGAAAAUCGACUGUAUCACGAAUGUCUCGAUAUUGUUCUAGAACCCCUCAAAAUUGCUGCACGGAUAGGCAGUAUCAUGAGUGAUCCCCUAGGACAGCUUAGAGUUUGUUAUACUCCUCUUGCUAGUGCUAUCGUGGAUACGCCGGAGGCUUCUUUGAUUGCCUGUACUGGGGGAAAAAGCUCUCCUUUCUCAGAGGCGAUUCACAAGGAUUUUGGAGAUGGUAAACACCACCCUCCCCGUCUCGCGACCAGUACUCUGCAGGCUAUAGAUAGUAUCCAAGCAAGGGGUAUUCUUCCUCAGGAUCUUCCCGCUUAUAAAAGAGCCUCAGUGACUGCCCAUACCAACGGCAUUGUUUCUCCUUUUUGGAGAGAUUGGCCUCUGGCAGAACCUAGCGAAUUUCUCACUCCUGAACCGCUACAUCACUGGCAUAAAAUGUUCUGGGACCAUGACACCAAGUGGGCAGUACAAGCUGUUGGAGCUAGUCGUAUCAAUUUCAGGUUUUCUAUACACCAGCCAACAGUUGGUUAUCGCAGCUUCAAAGAGGGCAUAUCAAGUCUGAAGCAGGUCACUGGACGUACACAGAGAGAUGUUCAGAGAUAUCUAAUCCCUCUCAUUUCCGGAGCUGUUCCGUCGAAAUUUGUCCUGGCUCUCAGGGCUCUUACAGAUUUUCGCUACGCAGGCCAAGCAUCAAGAUUUAAUCCAAAUACCUCUUCUCGACUCGUAAACCCAAAAGGAGUUCCUAUCGUUCACUGGGAAAUUCCUAAGCUGGAGUUUAUGCAAAGCGUAGAGCCUAGUAUCCGGGCCUCAGGACCUAUAAUGCAAUGGACAGCUGAUACUACUGAACACGCUCAUAUCACUCUUGUCAAGGACCCUGCUAGAUCUGGAAACAAUCACGACUUCGAAAUUCAGAUAUGUAGGCACCUAGACCGACAAGCUAGGGUCAGGAGGUUUGAUUUAAUGACUUCGAUGGUGGAUGCAGGAGUUGACUUUCGACUGGACGAUAUAGAGGGUGAUGAAGGUAGAGGUGAUGGAGAGCAGGAAGUACAGGAUGAAGAUGAAGAGGCUACUACAAAGAUAUCAUCCUCGGAACAACUGGCUGCUCACCUCAAUCUGGUAUCAAAAAAGCUAUUUGGAUCGUUCCGUCCUAAACAGAACUUCUUUCUCAAGGCCCGCUUGUUAAAGCAAACCUUUUCAGCCCCACUUCCUCUUCGGGUUUUUCUGGACAACGUUUCUGGAGAGAUUGCAGCCUUCAGCCUAAUCCGUGAUCCUGACCUUAAAACUCUCUCGUUAGAGCAAGUCUCUGAUUUGUAUUCUCUUCCUGACUUCCCAGGAGCUUGUGCAGAUUUCUUGGAACGUUACGAGUCAGAAACACAAAGUUUUAUUAUAGGAGGCAGAAGAACCGGAAAUUUGCUGUCAAAUUUACCCUUCUCUAGAGUGAAAAUAUGGUCCCACUUCCGUAUACAAUCAAAGAUGUACUUCAACUCUGAUCUCCUCACCGAUCCUCACACUAUCUUUGCAGCCCCUCCAAGUGAAAGCUGGGAAUUUGGACGACAAGAUGCUGCAAUUCUUAAUAUUGAUUCGAGCUUUUCCUGGCCGAGGAGUUCUAUGGAAGGUCACUGCAUCGUUCUAGUAAAAAUCAUCUUCACAGUUUUGCAACCGAGAAAGCCCUCUCCCCCAGUGGUCGGUACCAAUAAAUUCUUAGCUUACUGCGAGCGGUUGGAUGUAGUAAAUCAACCUCCUCCUCCCCUCAAAUACCGACACCUUCCUGGAUAUAACUGUUGGCCUCCUCACUUUCCUGAUUAUUCCUCGGGAUGCUUUGUUCUGAAAAGAGCUAGAAGAGCAGAUGGCUCUCCUUUUGGAGAUGUGAUUCCAGUUUCUCAAUUCCGCUCUUUUGCAGAUAUCUGUUCUCGUUACCGUGGAGAGCCUCACCCUUCUUUAACAAGAGCAUCCAGCCAGUAUCGCAGCGAUGAGUUUCUAUUAAACAAAUAUUUUAACAAAGAACUUUUUUUUGCUCUAGAUAAAGUCGAUCCUUGCCUUACCAGUACUGAGUAA